AUGAGCGUCACCGCCCAGCCCUACACCUUCCCCUACGCCGGCGGCGCCCUGAGCGCCUCGGACACGGCCUUGAUCCUCAUCGACAUGCAGGUCGACUUCUGCGGCCACGGCGGCUACGUGGACCAGAUGGGCUACGACAUCUCCGCGACGCGCGCGCCCAUCGAGCCCCUCAAGCGCGUGCUCGCGGCCGCGCGACACGCCGGCGUGCGCGUGCUCCACACGCGCGAGGGCCACCGGCCGUCGCUCGCGGACCUGCCGGCGAACAAGCGCUGGCGGAGCGAGCAGAUCGGCGCGGGCAUCGGCUCGCCCGGCCCCUGCGGCCGCGUGCUCGUGCGCGGCGCGCCGGGCUGGGAGCUCAUCGACGACCUCGCGCCGCUGGCCCACGAGGACGUCAUCGACAAGUGCGGCAAGGGCUCGUUCCACGCGACGGACCUCGACAUGGUGCUGAGGACCUGCGGCGUGACGAAGCUCGUCCUCGGCGGCAUCACGACGGACGUCUGCGUGCACACGACGAUGCGCGAGGCCAACGACCGGGGCUACGAGUGCUGCAUCGUCGCCGACGGCACGGGCGCGACGGACGCGGGGAACCACGCGGCGGCGCUCAAGAUGGUGACGAUGCAGCACGGCGUCUUCGGCGCCGUC